CUAACUUGGGGUUUUAAAAUCAACCUUAUCUUCCUUGUUCUUAGCAGGUGUCUCCCAUCAAAAUUCAAUGAAGCACAUGAAUGAAAGUUUUCCAGAAGACUUAAUUCUUAUGGGUUUUACCAAAUACCCUUGGUUGGAUCUCCCUCUCUUCUUUGCCCUCCUGAUUUCCUACACGUUGACACUGUUGGGAAAUAUUGCUAUUAUUCUGGUUUCUCAACUAGAUUCCCAACUCCAAAGUCCUAUGUAUUUCUUCCUCACAAACCUCUCCUUUUUGGACCUCUGUUUCACCACCACGACAGUACCCCAAAUGCUGUUCAACUUGGGAGGCUCCAACAAGAACAUCACUUAUAUAGGCUGUAUGGUGCAGGCCUAUAUAUUUCACUGGCUGGGCUGUACUGAAUGUGUCCUGCUUGGCAUCAUGGCCUUAGACCGCUAUGUGGCUGUGUGUAAGCCUCUGAGGUACUCUGUAAUCAUGGACCACAAGCACUGCCAGCAGCUCUCCAGCUCAGCCUGGCUCAUUGGUCUGGCAAAUUCACUGCUGCAGUCGACACUCACAGUCCAGCUGCCCCUGUGUGGGGAUCAGGAGCUAGAUCACUUCUUUUGUGAGCUGCCCGGGCUUAUUAAGAUGGCUUGCACGGACACCACAAUCAAUGAGGUCACUUUAGCAGUGGUGGCCACCUUUCUGAUAAUGGGACCCCUCUCCAUGAUUCUUGUCUCUUACAGUUGUAUUGCCCAAGCUGUAUUUUGAAUCCCUUCUGCUGAUAGGAGACUUAAGGCCUUCAACACUUGUUCAUCACACUUACUGGUGGUGUCUUUAUUUUAUGGCCCCGGCAUCUACAUCUACAUGCAGCCCUCAGGGGACAGCCCUCAGGACCUUACCAAAGCUCUGACACUGUUUUACUGUGUUAUUACUCCUAUGGCCAACCCAUUCAUCUACACCUUGAGGAACAAGGAUGUUAAAGGAGCUUUGAGGAGAUUUCUGAGGAGUGCCACUUUGUCCAAAAGAAUAUGA